GCACCAAAAAUUGGCACGUAAGGCAAGUGUCCCGCCCAGAAGAGACCAGAGAGUGGAGAGUGGGCAAUAGAGAAAUUUGCAGUCAAAGUACGACAAAUGUUGAUUUCCUCGAUUUCCGAUAGUUCCAGUUUCUCUCUCACUUUGCCAGUUUGCCACCCAGAACUCCUCUCUUUAAACUCUUCUUUCUCUCUCAUCUUCUUCUGGGUCUGGGUCUCUCACUGUGUUUUGAUACAGAAGGAGUGCUUGGAGAUUUUUCGCGAUGAUGGUUUGAGGGGGUUUACUCGUUUUUGAGGAGGGUAUAUGUUUUGGCAUAUGCUGGGAAGAGGGGAGAGGAGGGGAUGGGAGGGCACCGUUUAGGAGUUUCAACGACUGGAAGAUUAGAUGGAUGUUAUGGGACUAGAAAGAUGAUAGAGUUAAUACGAUGAAGGACCCAUGUAGAUGUGAGAGUUCAUGGAUAGACAUUCUGUGGGAUACCAGAUAUGUGAAGGAAUUGAUUUCAACUUGGCUAUGUAAAAGUAUUGAAGCGGUCGUGAGAGUUUGAUAUUACUUUGGAUUUAGCUACUGUCGUGGACCAAUUUGAGUUUGGGUUCAUUUUAGCCUUGACAAGUGAUGGAGUGCAAUAAAGAUGAGGCCAUCAGGGCCAAGGGCAUUGCUGAGACCAAGAUGCGAAGCAAGGAAUUUAUGUCAGCCCGUAAAUUCAUACUUAAGGCACAAGAUCUUUAUUCUGAUCUGGAGAAUAUUUCUCAGAUGUUGGUGGUUUGUGAUGUGCAUUGCUCUGCGGACAUCAAAUUCCAAGGGAAUGAGAUUGACUGGUAUGAGGUUCUUCAAAUUGAGCAGACUGCUGAUGACGCAGCAAUCAAAAAGCAGUAUAGAAAGUUUGCUCUCCAACUCCAUCCCGAUAAAAACAAGUUCCCUGGUGCAGAAGCUGCAUUUAAGCUGAUAGGGGAAGCCCAACGAGUGCUUUUGGACCAACAAAAGCGGUCCUUAUUUGACAUGAAACUCAGAUCUUGUUUAAGCAAGUCGGCACCUUCACGUGUUCCUCAGAGGACAAGUAGGAACUCAAAUAUUGGAGCUCAGAGUAAUCCCGGUCGCAGCUUUGUAAACUCGACUCCCCAGUACCAGCAGCCAAAACAGCCAGCUCAAUCAGGGAUCUCCAAUGGUUUUCCCACUUUCUGGACUAUUUGUCCUUUUUGUUCUGUAAAGUACCAGUACUAUAGAGAAGUUAAAAAUAGACACCUACGCUGUCACGCUUGUAAUAAGACCUUCAUUGCAUAUGAUUGCGGUUAUCAAGAAGCUUCUCCAGCAGCGAACUGGAAACAGCCAACAUUUCCCCAGCGGAACGAUGUACCAAACCAUGUUGCGUGCAAUGUGGGACGGGAAUCUAACGGUAGUUUCAGUGCCGAGCAUUCUAAAAAAGAGGUUUCUCAGAAGACAGCUCAGACUUCCGAGGCUGGCUCCAAAAUGGCGAGUGGCAAGAGAAAGAGGAAGCAAGUAUCAGAAUCCAGUGAAAGUCAUGCGACUGAAAGUGACAGCAAUACCAGGGAAGAUGAGAUGGUUGAUGAGGAUGAUAAUAUUCAGGCUGGACAGAAUUUGGGAUGUAAUAGAGAGCACAUCAGGAGGUCUGAGCGGUGUAAGCGGCAGGUUUCUUACAAUGAAAAUUUGAGUGAUGAUGAACAAUCUGCUAGCCAUCUGAAAGAGAACAAAAUUCAUUGUGAUGUUGAAGAGGAUGAUGAUGGAGAUGUGUUGAAGAAAGAAGAAUUUAAAACGGAUGGACAAUCUGGUUUGGCUUCUGGCAUGAAUGCGGUUCCAAGGGAGAUGAAACGAGAAGAAGAUUUGGGUCCUGGUGAAAGGCUGCAGAACAAAAUCAAGGAAGCGAUGAAUCUGAAUGGAACAGAAACAAUGGAAGAAGAUGAUGGUAAGAAAAAUUCUAUUCCACCGAAUGAUUCCUCAUCGCAUUCAUGUUCCAGAAAUGUACCUGAUGUGGAGCUUUUUGAGUAUCCUGAUCCUGAUUUUCAUGACUUUGACGAAGACCGGAAGAAAGAUUGUUUUGCAGUGGGGCAGAUCUGGGCCAUUUAUGAUACACUGGAGGCCAUGCCUAGAUUUUAUGCUUUAAUAAGGAAGGUUUUUUCUCCUGGAUUCAAGCUUCAGAUAACCUGGCUAGAGCCGAACCCAGAUGAUGAAUAUGAAGGCUUGCCAGUUGCUUGUGGUAAGUUCAAACUUGGUCACUCUGAACAUACGGAGCAGCAGCAAAUGUUCUCUCAUUUGAUGGACUGUGAAAAAGGAAACCGAAGAAAUGUUUACAAGGUGCUCCCAAGAAAGGGAGAAACUUGGGCUCUCUUUAAGAAUUGGAAUAUUAAGUGGAAAUCCAGCACAGAUACUAAUCGUAAGUAUGAAUACGAGUUCGUAGAAAUCGUAUCAGAAUACAUCGAGGAUAGUGGUGCAUAUGUAGCAUACUUGGGCAAGGUGAAAGGCCAUGCAACUCUUUUCUGCCGAAUGGUUAAAGAUGGCACCUCCACAUUUCAAAUACCUGCAAGUGAACUAUUUAGGUUUGCCUACAGGGUUCCUUCUUUCAAAUUGACUGGUGAGGAAAGAGAAGGUGUGACAAAAGGAUCCUUUGAACUAGAUCCAGCAUCUUUGCCUAACUGUGUCGAGGAGAUUGAUGUUCCUGAAGAUUUGAAAGUGGCAGCAGGUAGUAUUGACCCCAGUGGUUUGUGUUCAAGAUCUUCUCAUGAAAUCAAACAGGGAAUAGGUUCUGAAGCAAGUACGUUUAUGGACCAUUCUGAUGUGGAGGCAUCCCAUUUAGGGCCUUGUGAUGACUAUUCUGGAAAUGUUGGGGAAGAUUAUAGUGCUCCUCCAUCCCGAACUCUUGAAGAAAUCGACAUUCCAGAACCAGAAUUCUGCAAUUUCGAUACUUAUAAAUCUGUUGAAAACUUUCAGGUUGGUCAGAUCUGGUCAUUGUACUGUGACGAGGAUGGCUUGCCUAAAUACUAUGGCCAAAUUACGAAAGUAGUUACUAAACCUAGUGUCGAACUGCAAUUGAAGUGGCUGGCCUACUUGCCAACUGGCAUGUUGCAGUCGCAUGACACUUAUGUGCCCAUUGGUUGUGGGAGAUUUAAGAUUACGAAGGAUAGACAGUCCUAUGCAUCCACCGGUACUUUCUCGCACCAGAUGAGAGCAGAACCUGCUGGCAAGAAGAAUGAAUAUCUUAUUUUCCCUCGGAAGGAUGAGGUUUGGGCAUUGUUUAAGAACUGGACUAUUGCAAUGAAAUGUUUGGAAUUGGAGCACUGUAAAUAUGACAUCGUACAUGUCCUCGAGGAAAAUGAUUUGCACUUUAAAGUUUCACUUUUAGAGCGUGUGGAUGGUUUUAACUCCGUUUUCAAGGCUCAACUGAAAAAGGGUUCGGCUGUUACAAAAGAUAUCCCAAAGGUUGAGCUACUUAGUUUCUCCCAUCAAAUUCCUGCUUUCCAGUUAACUGAAGAAAGAGGUGGCAGCUUGAGAGGCUUUUGGGAGCUGUCUCCAGAAGCACUGCCAAUUUAUUAUUUUGCUUGAAUUGGCAGGCUGGUAAAAAUUACCUCCUUACCGGAAGGGUUUCUGAAACAAGCUCGUGAAAACAUUGUUCGAGACCUCCUGAAGUUUGAAUCUGUGCAUCAUCUAUGUGUUGGGUUUGCUGCUCUCGACUUGUGGAUUGGGGGCACCUGAUGCAAGUUUCAUGGCGCGCUUUUGUUCUCCAAUGACAGGAAUCAGGUAGAAAAUGUGACUUGGCUCAUUUUCUUGUAGGUUCUUAUUUUAUCCUUCUGAUCUCAGGAAUCAACCUUUCGAUAUUUAGGCUAUACCACUGGACUUGUGAAUUCUAUUUCCCUUAGAUGCUGUAUUUGCAUUUUUAAUCAUAUGUAGAGACGCAUCACCAUACCCUACCCUCUCUGUAAUCUAGUGGUCACAUAAUAUGUUAAUGUCCCUAAAACUGCUGGCUUAUCCUGUGAAAGGUGAAAUUGUGUAUUA